UUUUUAGCGAGCACGUCAAUAAUAUUACACUUACAACUGUAAUUAAUGAAACAAUAUUGGAGUUAACCUUUGUAGUAGCAAGUGAAAUGAUAUAUCACUAAAUAUUCACAUUUCAAUGCAGAACUAAAAUUCUGUACAUAUCACUAAAUAUGUUAUACAAUACUUAUUCAUGAUAUACAUUUCUAUUAUUGUAAUGUGUUUUCCAGUGAAUAAAAAGUGAAAGGUGAUAUACAUGUUUACCAUAUUCCAGCAAACCAUUGUAACAGGAAUUGAAAUACUAUAUCAUUAACUUAACAUAUUUCAGUGUAGAAAAAAAAUUAAGCUAUCUUGCAGGCUUCCGAUUUGAUGGUCCAAAUAAACAUAGAGGUAUGUAGCAGAUUGGAAGAAAAUGGUAAGUUCUGCUCGAAUGGAGCAGAAAUAUGUUUGUUCAACAGAAAGAAAAUUUAAGAGAUUGAACUAACUGAAACAAAAUCCUUACUAACCUCUUUUUGUUAAAGAAUCUUGUGUUUCUUCAGAUCAGUACAACUCUAGUUGCCAUCAUAAGCGCCGAGAUAUUUGGAUUGAGAUUGGAAGAGAAGUAUCACUCUUUAGCUGAUGCAGUCAAGAGGUAGAAGAAGAACAUCAAUGGCGAUUGAGUGAGAGCUCUGGGUUACAGAGUGCUUGUAUGGCUGUGAGGUUGAGGUAUGGGCAGAGAUAGUGGGAGAGAUGGGUUGCCUAGUACCACGCGUGCUGUGACAGAAGUCGUUGCCUCGGUCUAUGAAAUAGAUUGGACAUGGAUAUGACAACACACUACACUGCCUUAAUGGUUAGUACUAUUUGGUAGCAGACAUGUAAAUUUUACACAUUGGCCACCUAGUUAGCAUUCAUAUGUAAAUUCCUUUUGGCAGUAUUAUAUCACAUUAAAAAUUACAUGUCACUGAAACAAGAGACCCAACAGUGAAACUUCUUAUUGUAUGGAGGUGUUAUAUGUGAAAAAACAAGUAGGAGUGUUAUAAAAACAGUUGUCCCGGAUAUUUCCAUUGUCUGGUUUCAAAUUUUGGAGGUACAUUUUGGUGGGAAACUUACCUCUAGAAGUAGUAGUAUAAAAGCCAGGCUGGGACUUGUCCAUGCCCCCUCCCGAUGAAAAUCUUACUCCACAAUGAGCCAGGAAGAGAACAAUGUUGUGGCUCUCUCAGCCUUCACCAAUGGCAGCAUUGAUGCGAAUCCGAUGGAAGAAAAUCUUAGUUUCUCCAAGAAAAUAUCGGAUGGGAGCUCAUGUGAAGAUGAUGCUGACUCUAGCAGACGUUCAGUACAUACAAAAAUCUUGAAGGACAACCAUGUGGAACAAAUAGAACAUCCUUUGUUAGUAGUUGAAGAAGACCAUUUGCUGGAGCAUGUUGGAGAAAACAUUGUUGUUGAGCAUAUACAUUUUGAAGCAGAGCUAGAUGAAGGCGACGCUGCGUCUGAUGUUGAAGUUGAAAGAGUACAUCGUGUACAUGAGGAGCCAAUUACAUACUUCCAGCUGCGUAGGAUUGGUGCGGAUGGAAGAUCGAUGAAGAGGAGAAGAAUCGAUGAGUAACUUUGAAACAUGGAACUUGCAGAUGGUAGAAGUGUUUCAUAUUUCAUUUUGUGUGUCAACAUAGUUGGCAUUUUCUUUUGGGUUCAAAUUACAAGAUAUUCUCUAUCCUGUAUUAAGUAGAUUUAAAAAGUUGUGGCCAAUAUAUGUUAGUUCUUA